UGGCUGCUGGCAUCACCUACUUAUGGAAGCUCACGACAUGCUCGUUCUCCGUGCCUUUCCGGAUCUUUGGCUAUCGGCUGUCCACUGGAUUUUGGUUUCGAUUGGUUAAGGACGAGAUAAACAUACCUUUCCGAAACAAUCAUAACGAUAAAGGCUUGUAUUCACACGAGCCUCUCCCAAGCAAGAGGCACAUCCGUCUGCUCGAGCUGCACCCAGGAUCUGAAAACGAUUCGUUCUGCGGAACUUUCCGCGUCGUUUCCCUAGACUCCCUGAAUGACUACGAAGCCCUAUCAUAUACAUGGGGCAACCCCCGCAUGACAGACACGAUUGAUCUAGGCGACGGCCGUUGCCUUCCCCUCGGCUCCAACUUGAAGAACGCCCUACACCACCUCCGAGACAGAAAGCAAAAGCGAAAGUUAUGGAUCGAUGCCUUAUGCAUCAACCAGCAAGAUAUCGAAGAAAGAUCACAUCAGGUCCAGCUCAUGGCCGAAAUCUACCAGCGGUGCAAGUCGGUCGUUGCCUACAUCGGCAUGCCAACGCCCGACUCGCAGCUUGGCUUUGAGAUCCUGUCGUAUCUCGCAAACAGCAAUACGCAAAUCGGCGACGACAGUAUGCCGUGGAAUUAUCUAAAUGGCAAUGAUGUACACGCUGCGCUGCGAGACAUCUUUGAGAGGCCAUACUUCCAACGCGUCUGGGUCGUUCAGGAAGCAGCUCUUGCGCCGCAGGUCAGGAUGCAGGUAGGCCACCUGUUCUUCGAGUGGUCCGGCGGAGCAUCAACACGAAAGUUCCUCGCGCGCAUCAAGUUGGCCGAGCUGUCGCCGUCGUGGCAGCAGAUUGCGGAAUUGCGUGACGCUGUCGAUUUCAGGCCCAUCCGUGAACUGCUCGAGCAAAGCCUAGCCGCAGAAGCGAAGCGCAACGGGGUCAUCGAGAGUCCUUCCCUCUUAGACGUAGUGCACUCCAUUCGUCACAGGCAAGCCGUAGACCCACGCGACCGCAUCUAUGGCGUUAUGAGUCUCGUCACGUCGGCGGAGGUGGCAGAAAUGGUGCCAGAUUAUAGUAUGUCGUGGGAGGAAACCUACCAGCGGUUCUACGAGUUCGCCCUAAGACAAGUUUCCAUGGAUUCCGGUAUUACUUUAGAGGGUAUACAGAGAGCGAGUAUACAAUAAGUGGAUUUAGAGUACAUAGAUUUGAAUCCAACAACUGGAGGUUUUUAUGUU